AUGGCAAGGUGUAGCAAUAAGAAAGACCAGUAUAAAUAUAUCUACGAGGUCAUCGACAGUUUCAUCGCUGGAAACCUCCAAAGCAGUGUUCCCCAAAAUGUUCAUCGAGCUAUCAUUAGUAAAUCCCUUUAUCAUAUUCCGCACCCUAGAAAUGAACUUUAUGGCGGCCGAGACCGAAUUCUAGACAAAAUCGAAGAACACUUUUUCGUCAAGGAACGGCGGAAAUUAGCAGUUCUUGGCCUAGGGGGUGUCGGGAAAACCCAAGUGGCCCUAGAGUUUGCGUACCGGGUGCAAGACCGCAAGGAUGAGUAUUCCGUCUUCUGGGUGCUAGCACAGAGCCAAGCAACUUUCGAGCAAUCAUAUGCGGGUUUGGCCAGGCUGCUUCAGAUCUCCGGUGAAGGGGACCAGAAAAUGCUGGUAAAGCAACAUCUCAGCUCCGAGAAUGCCGGUAAAUGGCUUCUGAUCGUUGAUAAUGUGGACGAUUACGAAGCAACAUUUCGAUUGGACAAUCCAACUGGUAUGAUUAAAUACUUACCUCAAAACGACAACGGUUUAAUACUCUUCACCACACGGUCAAGAGAAGUAGCCAUGGACGUAGCGAUGAACGAUGUGGUCGACCUCGGAGAAAUGAACCCCGAAGAGGCAUAUUGCGGCCAUCCGAGAGACGUUACCGGAAGACGACCCCGACCGAUUAAUAGCAACACGUCAGCUAGCAGCAGCAUUCCUUGCCAAUGGCCAAAUAAAGGAUGCGAUUGAGAUGCUCAAGCAUAUUAUACCCAUCGUGAGAGAAGUUGUAGGGAAGGAGCACAUCGACUCACUAAAAAUAGAACAUGUGCUGGCAGUGGCAUAUUAUAAAGACGACCAGUUUGGGGAAACGGUCAGCAUACUUGAGCGCAUUAUACCUAUUGUAAGGGGAAAAUUGGCGGAAGACGAUCCUUUUAGCCUCACAUUACAACAAUGGCGUGCCGACGCAUACCGUGUGACUGACCGGGUUAAGGAAGCGAUCGAGUUAUAUGAGCAUGUCAGAAGACCACACGGCAUCUCAGAGACUAGUGAUAGAAUCAUGAUUUUCUAAUCCAUGUCUUCGUUUG